UUUUCAGUCGCCAUCUCUGCCCAAUUUCCGAUUAUUCAGAUAUAUGUGGCACAGGUGUAUACCUAUAGCUGUGGUCUCUUAUAUCCUAACCCUAUCUGUGGGCCGAAUGUAUGGCACGAAACAUAACUACAAGAUUGACUCCAACCAAGAGAUGGUGGCGUUGGGUGUUUGCAACAUCUGGUCCUCGUUUUUCGGUAGUCUCGCCUCCUGUGCGUCAAUACCCCGGUCUUCAGUACAAGAGAGCGGUGGCGGCAAAACACAGUGUGUAUUGGCCUCGUGUAUAGCCUGCGCUCUGUUUACAAUUUUUGCUAAAUUCAAAGAGUUUAUGAACUUCUGGCGGAUCUCAAAAUUGGAUGGAGCCAUAUGGAUGAUAACAUUCUGGGGUGUAGUGAUACUGAACGUGGAUUACGGCAUAUACAUGGGCUUCGGACCUAAAACCUAUUCAUUGGGAACUGUGGACGACUCGGAUAUAUACGUGCCGUUAAGCAAAUUCAAAAGAGCCAAAGAACUGGAAAGAGUGAAAAUAUACCAAUUCUGCGGUCCUCUCAACUUCGCUAAUGUACACUAUUUUAAGAAAGAGCUUCAGAUCAGGAGUGGUGUCGAUAUAACGGAAAUAAAGGAGGAGAUGAUGUCAAUGGCACCCAAAACCUCGUGCUUUAUGUUCGCCGAAACGAGAGAUUUCACGAAAUUGAACGAAGACUUCUUAGAGCAUAAGAAACAUUUGCCCAAAUAUAUCAUAAUUGACUGUUCAAUGCUGUCGUAUAUCGACACGUCUGGUGUGACCACAUUGACAAAGUUGGUCCAAAGUCACGCCGAGAUCGACAUUACCGUACAAUUCACGGGAUGUCCCGUUCAUAUCGAGUCGAUGCUCAAGAAGGACGGCUUCUUCAAAGAGGUGUCCACCGAUCGGGUGUUUAAGUCGGUUCACGACGCCAUCACUUAUAUCAGACAAAGCGAGCCCACAAUCGGUCAACCAAUUCAAGACUUCAGCAAAGACUACAGCACUGAGAGACGUAUUUUCUCUAAAGUUAUAUCAAACAUGUCGUUAGACUCUAUGGCCAGCGGUAUAACAAUGAGUAGUUAUAACGACCUGAAGGCACCCGACUCUCCAAAGAGUAUACUGAGAGACAGCGCUUUAAACACACCCCAGUUUAAUAGACCCCGACGUUCAGUCACUUUCACUGUAAUUCUGUGUUCUGAUAGACACCUGACUGUCUAUAAUGUCUAUCCAUUACAAGAAUUUGACAAUAAGACCGACCAAAAAGUGUAUCACAAAUGGAUAUUUCCGCAAACAAAUCUUCCCAUUAAAGUGAACUCGAGUUUCUCUUUGUACAGUUAUGGAUCAAUUGAUGAUAAGAAU